GACGGGAUUAUUUUUAAAACGAAAACGGAAAAUCUCCGUGUGCGUGUGGACGUAGCCUUGAUAUGCCCAACCAUAUACCAGGAUUAACUGCGAGUGAAAGGUUGAAGAAAAGUGGUGGACGGUCGAAGUGAGGCGGUCCAGAAAUCUUCAAAAUAUGAGUCCGAGUGCUCUGUCAUGUGGAUGGUAAAGUUUUCCAAGGCCUAACAAGAAGAAAGUUUCCAUCGAAUGAAACUAAAAACUGAAAAUAAAUAGAGGAGCGCUCGGACCUUCCUCGGCAGCGCCGGCGUUGAGCAGAACAGACCCAUGCUGACACCUGGCAAAGGUGGACUUCUCCGUCACCACGGGCAACGAGCUGGCAUCCGGCUGCCGUGGCAACACCGUUCACCAUGUGAUCACUGGGACAGUUUUUCAGCUCUCAGUCAUGAAGAGGUGUGGACUGAUCCUCCUGCUGCUCUCAGGUUACGUGAUGGUCUGCCAUUUUCAGUCUGAUCAGUUAGUCAGACAGCUCCACCUCGUUGACCUGCAGAAGUCCUGGAACGACGCUCAGCAAUACUGCAGAGAUGAGUACGUUGACCUCGCCAUCGUUAACAGCUCAGCUCUCAUCCAGGAAGCCCAGAAAUGGGCGGGGAGCACAGAGGUGUGGAUUGGACUCUCCAAGAGCGGCUGGAAAUGGUCUCGCCUCGGUCCAGUUCAGUCAUCCUGGUUUAAUUCCUGGUCCCCGGGACAGCCAGGGACUGGGGAGUGUGUUACAAUAUCUAGUGAUGGAUCAUGGUCCACAAGACAGUGCUCAGAACAACAUAGCUUUUUCUGCUAUAAUGGCAUGAGUAGCAGUAUCAUCCUGGUGCCGACCUUGAUGACCUGGCCUGAUGCUCAGUCUUACUGCAGACAGACAUACAUAGACCUGAGCAGCAUGAUUGAUUCAAAUGUAAACACCAUGGCCGCUAACAUGUUGACAUCUUCUAAUCAGGCCUGGAUUGGACUGUAUAGAAAUUACUGGACGUGGUCAAACUUGAGCACAGCCUCAAACCUGCCGUGGGGGCCCGGGCAGCCUGAUGACACUCAAAACUGUGCCACAAUAGAUGCAUCAACGGGCUCCUUCUACAGUCAUAAUUGUAAUGAACAACGCCCUUUCCUCUGCUCAAGAGAUGUCAAAUCUUCUCGAGCCUCGAGGUCAGUGAAGGUUCAGCUGAGGGCAGGAUCUGCAGACCUGAACGACCCCACAGUGCAAGAAUCCAUCCUGCAGCAGGUGAGGGAGAAGCUGCUGGAGCAAGGGAUCAGAGAAGAGGUGAAGCUGAGGUGGAAGACGCAGCCUGAUGGGAAGAUUUUCCACAGAGAGGAGGAGACAGCCGGUUACUGUGAGAAGGAAUACUGUGGGUCGGUUUAGUCUGAACGUUAUUGGCUGAUUUUCCUCAGAUGAUCUGCUGUGUAAUUCAACUGAUUUCCAUCUCUAUACUCUGACUGCUGGACUGUAAUAGUGUAGCUUUGCAUGACUGAUAGUUGGAAAUAAUCCUUAUUUAUCCUAAGCUCAGAUCAAAGAGUGUCUGAUGAGCUGUUUUAUGCCUCUUUGUUUCUUCUGAUUGGUGCAGCUAAAGUUUGCAGGUGAGCAGGUCA